UUUAUUCCAUGGAUGGGUAGUUGUGCAUGUUUUUAGCAUGAUGAUUCAUGUUAGUUACGGCUGGCCUAGGUCCAGUCUCCUUUACUGGACAGAGCAAUUCCCCGCCCUACAGAUUCCUAGCUAUUCUUGGCUGGUCCCAGCUGUUUUAACAUUUUUUAAAUCUGACUCUUUGGAGACUGCCUUUCUGUUUUUAGCGGAGAAAGGAGGUGUUUGUCUGAUGCAAAGUGAUUGUAUUAUUCAUGCCAUUCUAAGUAGACAAUUUGGGAUGAUCCGCGUUCAAGUAUGAUUGGAAUUUGAAUGUCAUCAUGAACUCAAAGUCUCCUCAAUUGCAUCGAGCGAUAGAAGGCAUCACAGCAUUUGACCGUCUAGAGGCUGAUAAAGCCAAAUACGUUAAAACUCCACAAGUCAGAGAACAAAGGCAAAACCCUGCUAUCAAUGCCACACUUUCCCCAACUUUGUUGCGUAGAUCAAUUCAAUCGAAUCACAACCACAAGCAAGAGACCAAACAUACUGGUAGCUGCAGCCUGAGUCCAGUAAUACAGCCGAGAACUCUGCAACGUCAUGUUGAGCAAAGGACAGAAGAAUCAUGCAUUACAAGCUCAACCAUUACCAUGUCAGGAACUCCCCUUCUACAUCGCAAGACUUUAAAUUUAAAGACAGAGCAUGCAACCUCCACUACUAUACCUUCUGACAUGCCAAAAAGUCCUUUUCUCUAUGCCAGUGAACCACGGUCAGAAAAAACUUUUAAUUUUAAUUGCCCAGACUACACAGCCCAAAAGAAUUGUGAGCCUAAGAAAGAUAACAAUGGGGUUCCAUCUCCUAGAUCCCCAAAAACCCAACCCUUUUCAAUGCGUCGGUUUAGUGGGAAAAGACAACACCGACCAGACUCCCUAAUAAUUUACCGUCAGAGGAGGGAUAUUGUUCAAAAUGAAAAGGAAAACAAUGAGAGUAGUGGAGGACUGGUCAACCGACUUCUUCAAAGCACUCCACUAUUAAAAAGGCGUAUUCCUUUUGCACAGGGCUCUUCUCAGCCAUGCUCUCAGGAAAGGCCAAACUCUCCUAGAGCACAGAAAAAAACUAACGAUACGUUGAUGUGCCCGGUUCCUAACUUCAGUUCCUCAAGAGAGGCAAUAUCAACAGAGCAGUCUUCAUUUCCCACUUCUGAUGUUCAGCAUUUUUUUGAGAGCUGUGGCUUAGAGGGGAGCCUCCUGGACUUGCUGGAUAAUGUAUAUCAACUUGGCGAGGAUACAACAAUUGGAAGUUUAGAAUCUGUGGACAGGGUAAGUGGAAGAAGUGUGGUCUUACAUGAGGAAGUAAAAGAAGAGAGAACUCCAGUAUCUGUUAUUGAGAGAAAUGCUCGAGUCAUAAAAUGGAUUUACAGCUGCCAUAAUGCCAAGGCUAUAAAUAUUCACAGAGAGAAUAACAAGUCCAGAGAAUCUACAGUGUGAGACAUAAAUUUAGAUCUCAGGAUAUCAGAACCAGCAAUGGGACAUAGAAAAAGUGGCAACCCGUUUAAGGAACAUGUAAUAAAAGAGACAAUUGUCAUAAACUGUCAAAAAAACCAAAAGAUCUGUGAUUAAAUGCUUUUUUAAAGAUAA